AUCCAAUGCUGUGGGCCCCUGGCACGCUUCCCGAAAUCGACUACUCAUUGCAAGAAAUCCAUAUAAAAACUCUCUCCAUAAAAAUUCUGCUAUUUGCAGGAAUUUUUAUUUAGGGUUAAUAAACGAGCUAGCUGUAUAUAUAUAUAUAUAUAUAUAUAUUUGUGGGUAACUCCCGGUGGUAAAGCCGUUGUUCAGCAUUCCUCUUUCCCUUCAGAGGAUUCGAUUUUGUGGCCUCCCCGGUUUCGACCAUGGAUCCCUACAAGUAUCGGCCAUCGAGUGCUUACAAUGCCCCUUUCUGGACAACCAACACGGGUGCUCCAGUGUGGAACAACAAUUCUUCCCUCACAAUCGGUUCUCGAGGGCCAAUACUGUUGGAGGAUUAUCACCUGGUGGAAAAGCUUGCUCAAUUUGACCGCGAGCGCGUGCCAGAGAGAGUUGUGCAUGCGAGGGGCGCGAGCGCAAAGGGAUUUUUUGAGGUUACGCAUGAUAUAUCUCACCUUACAUGUGCUGAUUUCCUGAGGGCGCCCGGUGUGCAGACCCCGCUCAUUAUACGCUUCUCCACUGUCAUCCAUGAGCGUGGCAGCCCUGAAACCCUCCGAGACCCCCGUGGGUUUGCUGUCAAGUUUUACACUCGUGAGGGGAAUUUUGAUAUGGUUGGGAACAAUUUUCCUGUUUUCUUUGUUCGGGAUGGGAUGAAAUUUCCAGACAUGGUUCAUGCCCUGAAACCAAAUCCGAAAAGUCACAUUCAAGAGGACUGGAGGAUUCUGGAUUUCUUUUCCCAUCAUCCAGAGAGUCUGCAUAUGUUUACCUUCCUCUUUGAUGAUGUGGGUAUCCCGUUGAACUAUAGGCAUAUGGAUGGUUCUGGUGUCCACACUUUUACCCUCAUUAACAAGGCUGGAAAGCGGACAUAUGUUAAAUUCCAUUGGAGGCCAACAUGUGGAGACAAGUGUUUGCUGGAUGAGGAAGCUGUUAUUGUGGGUGGAACGAAUCAUAGUCACGCAACCAAGGAUCUCUAUGACUCCAUUGCUGCAGGUAACUAUCCCGAAUGGAAGCUGUUCAUCCAGACAAUGGAUCCCAAAGAUGAACACAAAUAUGAUUUCGAUCCUUUGGAUGUUACGAAAACUUGGCCCGAGGACAUAUUUCCUCUCCAGCCUGUUGGUCGCAUGGUGUUGAACAAGAACAUAGACAACUUCUUUGCCGAAAAUGAGCAGCUUGCAUUCUGCCCUGCCAUUGUCGUUCCCGGUGUUUAUUACACUGAUGAUAAGCUGCUUCAGACCAGGGUAUUCUCCUAUGCUGAUACACAGAGGCAUCGUCUAGGCCCCAACUAUUUGAUGCUCCCAGCCAAUGCUCCCAAGUGUGCACACCACAAUAAUCACCAUGAGGGUUUCAUGAACUUUAUGCAUAGAGAUGAGGAGGUGAACUACUUUCCCUCAAGGUUCGAUCCAGUGAGGCACGCUGAAAAAUAUCCCAUUCCUGACCAUUCAUAUUCUGGAAUCAGAGAGAAGUGCAUGAUAGAGAAGGAGAACAAUUUCAAACAACCUGGAGAGCGAUAUCGUUCGUUUGAUUCAGACAGGCAAGAGCGCUUUGUGAAACGUUGGGUGGGAGCAUUAUCCGACACAAGGGUCACCCAUGAAAUUCGCAGUAUCUGGCUAUCUUACUGGUCACAGUGUGACAGGUCACUCGGUCAGAAGAUAGCAGUUGGGCUUAGCAUGAAAGCUAAUAUGUGAUUCUGCUUGCGGUACUAUAUGCAUAGUAUGUUGCAGCAUCUGCAUUAGGUUGCCGCUGCUCAUUAAAAGAUGGACACAAGAAAGCGGAAGAGGAUGGAAUGAUUAAAUUUUAUUAUCUUGUUGCAGUGCAUGAGUUUUGCAUUAAUAACUUGUCAGCUACAUAUGUUAGCUACGUUAUGGGAAUGGAUACUUAUAUUUACAUUAUUACAUAGGGUGGAUCUAUUGUCUGUCUGUGACUAUUGUAGUGGUCGAAUAAAACUAUACUGAGAAAAUUCAUUAUGAAAUAAAUGUUUUCAAGUCACAUAACAAUAAAUAUCUUCUUGUGAGGUAUUUUACUGAAAUAAGAACACAUUCAAUUUAGGUACUCA